ACUCACGCUGGGCUGUGUCCCACCCAUUCGCGAUUGUUGCCUGCGGAGGGUGAAGUACGGUACUAUGGAGCGGCUGGGGAAGAACCGGUCCGAGACCCUCAUCGAGAUGGCUCUGACUGCCGACGAUGAGCUUGUGAUUCUCACCAAGUUCAAGCCAUCACCAUCAGAAGGGGAAGAAUGCAAUGGACCUUUAUGUGAAACUAUUUCAACUGCAGGAUCAGAAGUCCCUAGCAGCUCUGAGGGCCUAAACAGCACUGAGACUACUUUACUCAUCCCUGAACAUCAAGUGAGUGGAAGAAGAUAUAAUCUGUUCCUGAAGCGACGUCUCAGGAUUGAUAAAAGACAUCAAAGCAAAGAUUCUAUUUUCUUCAGGGAUGGUGUCAGGAGAAUUGAUUUUGUUCUCUCCUACGUGGAUGAUCUUAAUAAAGAAUGGGAAAAGAAGUUGGAAAGAAGAAAAGAAUUUGAGAGCAAUCUGCAAAAGGCUGGUCUGGAAUUAGAAACAGAAGACAAGAAGGAAUCUGAAGAUGGCAAGAUUUAUUUUGUGAAGAUCCAUGCCCCGUGGGAGGUUCUGAUCACAUAUGCAGAAGUGCUGAACAUCAAAGUUCCCAUCAAGGAAAAUGACAUUCCCUCAAUGGUGGAGAACCCUCUGGACUGCAUGCUUGCACCACUCAGGCUUCCUGAGAAGGUGAUGCACCCUGAACCGGAUUAUUUCACAGCACCAUUCAGCAAGGAUAAGCAGGAGCUGUACCUCAUUAACGAUGAGAACACUUUCUUUUCGCCAUCCAUGAGAAACAGAAUAGUGAAUUACAUCCUUACACGUUGUCCAUAUGGAACAGAAGAAGGCAAGAAGAAAUUUGGAAUUAAGAGACUACUAAAUAAUGGCACCUACUCAGCUGCAUAUCCUCUUCAUGAUUGCCAGUACUGGAAAAAGGCAAAUGAUCCAAACUGUGACAAUGAGAGGUACACACUGUACAUGGAGUGGGCCCGUUUCUUGCGGUUCUACAAAGAACAGCCUUUGGACCUCAUCAGGAAGUAUUAUGGUGAGAAGAUUGGAAUCUAUUUUGCCUGGCUAGGAUUUUACACAGAGAUGUUAUUCCUUGCAGCAGUUGUUGGCUUGAUCUGUUUUCUUUACGGCUUGUUUACAAUGGAUGAAAAUAUGAGCAGCAAAGAAAUCUGUGACCCUGCAAUUGGAGGAGAGAUCAUCAUGUGCCCUCUUUGUGACCGAGAUUGUGAGUACUGGAGACUGAACACCACCUGUGAGUCCUCAGAGUAUUCCCAUUUGUUUGACAACGUGGCCACUCUGUUUUUUGCCAUUUUCAUGGGUAUAUGGGUUACACUUUUCUUGGAGUUUUGGAAGAGACGGCAAGCUAGACUGAAAUAUGAGUGGGAUUUGGUUGAUUUUGAAGAGGAACAGCAACAGCUCCAGCUAAGGCCCGAGUAUGAGGCAAAAUGUACCCAGAAGAAGAAGAAUCCUGUUACUCAGGAGAUGGAGCCUUAUUUGCCUAUAACUAGCCAGGCUGUGCGGUUCUGCAUCUCAGGAACUACAGUGUUGUUCUGGGUGUCUCUGAUUAUAGCUAGCAUGAUUGCAGUGAUAGUAUAUCGCCUCGCAGUGUACGCUGCCUUUGCCAGCCUCAUGGAGAACACGCAGACUCUGCAACCCAUCAGUGGGUUACUGACCCCUCAGCUGGCGACUUCAGUCACAGCCUCGUGCCUGAAUUUCGUCAUCAUCAUGAUCCUGAAUUUCUUCUAUGAGAGAAUAGCCAUCUGGAUUACUGACAUGGAGAUACCAAGAACUCAUAUGGAAUACGAGAACAGGCUCACUAUGAAAAUGUUUUUGUUCCAGUUUGUCAACUACUAUUCAUCCUGCUUCUAUGUGGCCUUCUUCAAAGGGAAAUUUGUUGGUUAUCCAGGUGCCUAUACAUAUAUGUUUAAUCGCUGGCGAAAUGAGGAGUGCGAUCCUGCAGGCUGCUUGAUAGAAUUAACGACACAGCUCACCAUAGUCAUGGCUGGCAAACAGAUCUGGGGAAAUAUUCAAGAAGCCAUUGUACCCUGGAUUUGUAACUGGUGGGGGCGCCGGAAAGCUAGAAGCAAUCCAGAAAAUUUAUACAGUCGCUGGGAGCAAGACCAUGAUCUGCAGACAUUUGGAGCUUUAGGCCUGUUCUAUGAAUAUCUAGAAAUGGUCAUUCAGUUUGGAUUCAUUACUCUCUUCGUGGCAUCUUUUCCCCUGGCUCCUCUCCUUGCUCUGAUGAAUAAUAUCCUGGAAAUACGAGUAGACUCCUGGAAAUUAACCACCCAAUAUAGGAGACCUGUGGCUGCAAAAGCACAUAGCAUAGGAGUUUGGCAAGAAAUCCUGAAUGGAAUGGCCAUCUUGUCUGUCGUCACUAAUGCUUUUAUUGUUGCAUUCACAUCAGAUAUGAUUCCUCGUUUAGUUUACUACUAUGCCUAUUCUGAAAACGAAGACUCGCCCAUGUCUGGAUACAUAAACAAUAGCUUAUCAGUGUUUCAAAUCUCAGAUUUUCCUGACAGAAAUAAGCCUAAAGUGAAUCGAGAAGACUUUGUCAUAUGCAGGUACAGAGACUAUCGAUACCCUCCAGAUCAUGAGAGGAAAUAUUUACACACUAUGCAGUUCUGGCACAUUCUUGCUGCAAAACUGGCCUUCAUAAUUAUUAUGGAGCAUGUUGUAUUCAUCGUCAAAUUCUUCGUAGCAUGGAUGAUUCCUGAUGUCCCUGCGGACGUGAAAGCCAAAAUAAAACGUGAAAAAUAUUUAACACAGAAAAUCCUGCACGAGUAUGAACUUGAAAAACUGAAGGAGAGACUGUGUCAAGGUGAUAAACGAGCUACAGAAAAAGAGUUCAUUGCCACAGAAGGGAGAAUGGAGUUAUCCAGAGCCAUGUAGCUGAAAAAACAGCUUUUUGGGAUUUAGCUUGUUUCAGCUUCUUUUUUUUUCAUCUGUGAUUUGCUCAGUACACAUCGUGUUGAUGUGUUUCAACAAAGGUUUCAGCCCUUUGCUUUCAGUCCAAAGAUUUUAGACUUUGCUCUAAAAGUCUCACUGAGCAUUCUAGAUUUAGGAAAUCUACUUAACCGUAUGAUUUCAGCACUGUUUUCUAUUUACCCAUCGCUUUGAAUAAGAAGUUUAAUUUUGUCAUCCUCAGAUUUGGAUUAUCCAAUAUAGAGAACAUUACCCUCAAAGGGCUCACAGGGCAGGGUAAGGUCAUGACCACCAAGCCUCCCCCCUUGUCCUCAAUGCAAAAUUCCAGGAUGAUACAAAAGUAUCCAAGCUGAACCAAAAGGCUUAUCAUAGAGGACUCCUGCUGUGGAAAAUACUGACAAGUAGUAUUUUUAUGGCAUGAUCUUCUAAACAGGAGAACACUCCAGAUGAAAGGGUUAGGGUUUGGGGCUUAUAUUUUUAUCCGCUAUGUCUUAGAAAACAUUUGUUUGAAACUUUGAACUUCUAUUCACUUUUUAGAAGGAAUUGUUAUUUUAAAAUAUAUUGGCUUAAUUCUACUUGGAAUUACUUACAGGCACAGAAUUCAGUCAAUUAGUACUAAUGAAGGAAAAAAACCAUCAUUUAUUUUCAUAAAGAUACCACCUGCCAAAAGAGUUUGCUCUUUAGUGCAAAUAUUGACAAAUCAUCUAAUUACAGUAUUUUUUGAGAAUAUGUAUACAGUUCAGACAAGUGUAACUAAUCUAUUUCUCCAUCUCAAAAACUGCCAUUGAAAGAUGAUGUUUGACAUGAGUUUUUGCCAAGACUGCUCCUUUGUUUGGAUUAUUGGGUUCAAGCUAUGGGUCUGUACUCAAUGCAUAGUGUGACAGUGCAGUCAGUGAUGGGGAGCUGGACCACCACACUCAUGGAUCUAAGCUGGAUGGUUUGUCCAUGGAUCUGUAGUCAAAAGAUUUUUGAGCAUGCCAAAUAAUCUCUGUUUGGGUUUUAUUGUUCUUAUGCAUAGGAGCCUGGGGUUUGGACAUUUGUUUUCUUUUAUUUCUUUUUAAUUUUUAAGAAGGAUUUUUUUCUCUGUUUGUCAUAAAGCUUUUCUCCAGAGUUAUCAAGGUUAUAAAUAUAUAACUACUUGUGCAGAGUAGCUACCAGCUGCUUCUGAAUGUGCCCUCAUGUUCUAAUUCGAAGCAGUUAGGCAUUUUUAUGAGUUUGCUGUCUAUUUGAAACAUAUCAACGUUUCCAUGCUUGGUGCCUUGUUUGUUUGCAUUUGGCAGAAGAUGUGAAAAUGCUCGCUAUGGGGAAAUGCCUGUUUCCAACGUGUGUGCUUGCAGGCGUCGUGAUACUGUGAACCUGCACCCAGAGCUGUGCAGUGUUAGCCAAACCAUGCUUACUUUGGCAUACUUCUGCAUUAGUGCUGUUGGAGCUGCUCACAGAGAGCCAUUGAUACUAUGACUGUUUCAAGUGAAGCAGCACCAGACUUGAGUUCUUUCAUGCUGAAGUGCUGUAUCUAGAGAGAUGAGAAAUUUUACCAUGUUUGCACUUAGAAAGUUGUACUUCCUUGCAAGUAUACACAAAAAUAAUCCAGAUUGGUAUUCCAUGUCAGCCAAAUGAUGCACUGUGUACUAGAUCCACAACUUAAGGCUUAUGUGUUUUGUUUUAGCAGACCUAGCCUACAUCUUGGGAUGCUCAGCUAAUAACCUUAAUAUUGCAACAGAGUUUUAAAUCCGUGUCUCCAUGGAACUGCCAUUGUUAGCUAAAGUUUUUUAAGCUCCUACCUCAAACAGACAUAGAAUCAUAGAAUUACAGAAUAGUUUGGGUUGGAUAGGACCUUAAGGCUUAUCCACUUCCAACCCCCUCCCAUGGGCAGGGACACCUUCCACUAGACCAGGUUGCGCCAAGCCCCGUCCAACCUGGCCUUGAACACUGCCAGGGAUGGGGCAACCAUGGCUUCUCUGGGAAACCUAUGCCAGCACCUAGCCACCUUCACAGGGAAGAAUUUCUUCCUUGUAUCUAACCCAAAUCUCCCCUGUUUAAGUUUAAACUCAUUACUCCUUGUCCUAUCACUACAGUCCCUAAAGAAGAGUCCCUCUCUGGUAUCAUUGUAAGCCCCCUUCAGAUACUGGAAGGCUGCUCUGAGGUUUCCAUACAGUUUCUCUUCUCCAGGCUGAACAGCCCAAAUAUUCUUAGCCUGGUUUGGCUGCCAGUCAGGGAGUUGAAGAAGAUGUACAUUUCUUGUUUACUGUAAGUUAAUCAACUUUGUUCUGUAGGUUUGCUUGAAAAACCAAGCACAUUGGCCAUUUGCGUUCAUGCUGAACUGCCUGUGCUCAUGAGUAUUCAGAUGUAUUUGCAUCAGAUGCAUGAGUAUUUGAAGUAAUGGAUGUAUUGGAGGAAUGCAUGUAUAAAUAAAUUAGCUGUGUUGCUUAAUGUAUAAGCCAAAGAA